UAUAUAUAUAUAUAUAGUGUAAUAGUGCUAAAAUUUAAUUUUCUAUAUAAUAAGUUUCAAUCGUAUGUGAAAAAUCUGUAUUGAUUGUAUUAUAAAAUCCAAAAUAAUCGUGUCUAAUGUAACACGAUAAUAACUUCAUUCGGUGUUAAUUCGAUCCGCAUUUAUUUAGGAUAUAAUAUGUUCGAACGGACUGAGAUAAGAUAGAAAGAAAGAAAGAAAAAAGAGAAAUGCAUUGAAGAGAAAAUAGAACAAAAAAAUAAGAGAAAUAAAAAUUAUUAAAGAAAAAAAAAAAAAAAAAAAAAAAAAAAAAAAAAAAAACAUGAAAAAACAGAAUAUAGAUAAAAGGUCGUACGUCCUAAAUCAAAUAUUUCGUUAAAUCCUUAUCGUCUGAAAUACUAUUAUACAUAUAUAUAUAUAUAUCAUCCGAACAGAUUUUUAUUAUUUACGUCUUAAAGAGGAAGAAAAAAAUUAAAUAAAUAAAAGAAGAGAAUGUUUCGUAAAUUUUCGUCAUAUAGAGGCUAUGUAUAUCUCUGGCAGGUACAUUUAUUAUUAUUAUUAUUAUUAUUAUUAUUAUUAUUAUUAUUAUUAUUAUUAUUAUUAUUAUGAUUAUUAUUAUUAUUAUUUUUAUUACUAUUAUUAAUAUUAUUGUGUUAUAAUCGAUACAUAUAAGUUUCAUAUAUAAUAUAUAGAAAAGACGAUAAGGAUAUAAUGAAUUAGACGAUAAAAUAUAAAACUUUCGAAUUUGAAAUGAUGUAUUAACAGCAUUUAAACGUUCGUAGUUCAUUAUCGUGUACUAAUUUCUUUCGGAGGAUAUCGUUGAAAAAAAAGAAAAAGAAAAAGAAAAAAAAAAGAAAAUAGAUAAAAAAAUAGAAAAAUCUAAAUAUAGAGAAUAUAUAGUAUAACGAGAGAUUUCUUAUUAAAUCGGUCUAUUUUCCGCAAUAUAAUUGUUUGUAAUAAUAAUAAUUAAAAUAAAUAAAAAAAAAAAAAUAAAUAAAUAAAUAGGACAUCAAGGAUACAGACGAACAUAUACAGAUAAUCAUACACACACACACACACACACACACACACACGCACGCACGCACGCAAACACAAAGAAAGAGAACAGAUAAAUCAAUGACAUUAGAAAGUUAAUAAACGAUAUGUAAUACUUGCAUCAUAUUCGAUGUGGCCUAAGUUGCGUCUAUAUAAUGAAAAUAUACGUCAAUACAUGUCUGCCUAAUGCAGAUUAUCUAAAAUAGAAUGCGAAAUAAAUUUUUAUUAAAAGUUAUAUAAUGGCUAAUAAACAAUUUAUUAAUUCGUCCGCCGUACGUACGUACGUUUCAUUCGUUUCUAAUUAAGUAAUGUUGGAUUAUAAAUUAUAAUCAAAAAGAUUGUACUUUGACUGGUCAAACUAGUUUGAUACUUUUUCUUUUUAUUUAGAUAUGAACUAUAGAUUUAUGUGAAACUAGUAUAUUUUCUAUCCACGCAAGCGAGGUUAGAAAAUAUAUUUAUUUGAUCAUCAAUGUCUAUUUGAUAAAGCAACGUUUAACUAUAAAAUUUUAAUUAUUAUUUAUUUAAGAUAAAUAAACUGACGCAUUGUUUGCGGUGAGUCAAUUUAAUUAAAAUAAAAUUAAUCUAAAUAUAUUGGAUAAUAAUUUUAUUGUAAUAUUAAUUUGGUCAAAAAUGUGUAACGUUGUGUCUGGUAAAAGAAAAGAAAAAAAAUAUAUAUAAAAAUAAAUAUAUAUAUAUAUAUGUGUAUGUAUAUAUAUAUAUAUAUGAAUUCUCCAUUUACUUAUAAAAUGUCGCAAAUUUUAAUUAUCUAAAGUAGAAACGGAUCAUUGGCGAAUCUAAUUGAUAAAAAUAAAUUUAAAUAUACUCACGAUUACAAUAUUUUAUUAUAAUAAUAAAGCUGAUCACUGUCUAGUAAAAAGACAUAUUAAAAUUGUUCAUCUACAUAUAAGAUAUUGCAAAUUUUUUGACAUUAUUUAUUAAUCAACUUAAUAUUUGUGAACAUUCUUAAAUAUUAUGUUACGUGUAAUAUGAAUUAUAAAAAUUCUAUUGCUGUAAAAUAUGGAAUAUUAUUUCGAUGGAAUAUUUUGAAGGAUUUGAAAAAGCCCGCCAAAAAAAUAUAAAUUGAUUAUUUGCUUUAAAUCUAUUUAUCAAAAUAUUUGAUAAAUCAAUCAUUAAAUUAGUUUAAAAUUUUGAAUUGAUUUUGAAUUUUUUUAUGUUGAAAUUAUUUAGUUGAAACUAUUGAACUGAUUGAUUUUAUAUAACGAAAAACUCUAAUUGAUUGGUAAAAUCGUUGACAGAUGUCACUACGUGUCAUACUUUCUAACUUUCAAACGACAAGUAACUAGAAUUACUAUUAAACAUAGUUCGGAACACGUGUUUGAUGAAUUUGUAUUGGUUUAAUAAGAAAUUAUUGAGUGAAAAAUUUUAUUGAUCUUAAUAAAUCUUCGCUAUGUAUCACUAUGAAUCGCACGUGCAUUGAAAUCUUCAUACUAGAACAUACAAAAUAACGUGAUAAGAUAAAAUAAACGGUUGAGAUAAUGAUAAUUAAUGGAUUUUUAUCAAUUUGGCUAACAAUGAACCGUAAAAAAACUGCAUAUUAAAAGAUGGUGUUUAAUAAUCCAAUAUGGCAGCAGGAAUAUUUACUAUAAUUUUACAAUCUCAAGCAGUAUUGAAAGUAUUAUUAUAAAAGUGCAUGUGCAAACAAAAUUUAUUUUAAUUGUGACGUGUGAUUUGAAAGCAAAGACAAAUUAUUAUAUCUUGUUAUUGACUCAUUUGUUUCAACUUAAUAUUGUUAUUAAUUCUUCUUCUUUUUUUUUUAUAUUUUCUUAUUUUGUUAUAUCAUUAUUAAAUGAUAUAAAAUUGUGAACAGUUAUAUAGAAUGAAAAUUAUAUAGAAUGAAAAUUAUAUAGAAUGAAAAAAUACAUGUAAAAGAGAAAUUCUGUAUGUUGUUGAAAAUAGAUACAUUAUUUUAAUAUUCUAUUCCUUCCUACAAACAUUCCAUCAAGCAGUAACACAUGUUACUUGGAUGUUACGAAUGAAUGUUGUUAAAAAAUUUACAAUGAAUGAAAUAGACCAAUAAGGAAGAAUAACGAAGAAGGUCAAUUUUAUUAAUACCAUCUGAAAUUUCUAUUAAGAUGAAAGAAACAUAUAACAUAAACAAAAUAAAAUCAAAUCUAAGAGAUAAAGAUAAUAAUAAUUAUCUAUGCGUCGUAUGGAAAAAGAAAAGAUUUCGAAAUGAUAAUUGUAAAAUAAUUCCUAAACAAAUAGUCGACUAGAUGAUGUAAGAAGUAUGAUGUAACUAUUAAGAAAUAUAUAUUGUGCCUAUAAAUGAAAUGAAUGACUAUAAAACAAAUAUUAAACAUACAAUAUCAUCUAACGAUAUUAAAUUUCUUAUGAUUAUUAAUAUUACAAUUAUGUUAUUAUAAUUAUAAAUAACGAAAAAAAGAAAUUCUUUCAUUAUCAAAAAUAACAAUGAAAAUUCUUAUUUGAUAUUUUUUUUUUUUUAUCAUUUGAUCAUUGUAUAUUCAAUAGCCUUGAUAAGACUCGAAAGAAAAGUAAUUAGUAUCAGCCUCAUAACGUGACGUUAGGAGAGAUAAGCUACAUAUUCUGUUUGUAUUAAUAAUUGAAUAAAUCAACAACUUGGUCGUUUCUUUUUUUUUUUUUUUGUGCAACGAAAAUACAAAAAUACGAGAUGUAUAGUAAUAGGAUAUUCUUUCUUUGAAAGAGUCGAAUUAGCAGAAUUUAAUAUAUAAACGUGAACCUUUAAUAGAAAUUUUAUGGAAGCAUGAGCAUUGAAAAUAUAGAAUUCGAGAUGAUGCAAGGAAAUAGUCAUUCAAGAUGCGAAUUUUUGAAGAAAUAUUUUGGAUGGAUGAGAAACGUUUCGGUGGAACCAACUAUGUGGCUUUAUAUGAUGGCCUUCAUGGUGACCUCGGUAGUGGAACAAGAUUUUUUCAUUUAUAAAGCUUGCAGAGUUGAUCACGAUCUAUCCGAAGAAACAUGCGUAAAUUUGAAAACAAACAAAACUUUAAACGCCGAAGUUCAGAUAACCGUAUCGGAAUUUCAUCAAUGGAAUAAUAUAGCGGGACACGUGGUACCGAUAAUUUUAGCAUUAUUUUUUGGAAAUUGGAGCGAUAGACACGGUAGAAAGCUACCAUUGAUUUUAGGAUUGAUUGGCAAAUUUAUAUAUUCUUUUAUGGUGAUCAUUAAUUCCUUAAUAAAUACAUGGAAUUUGAAUAUGGUUAUAUAUACCGCGAGUUUACCUAUGGGAAUGCUUGGAGGUGACGUUGCUAUAUUUGCCAGUUGUUUUUCAUAUAUAUCAGAUGUAACAAAAGUUCAACAGAGAACUUUAAGAAUCACUAUACUCGAUGUUGUUUAUCUCAGUACUAUGCCUACCGGUGUGGCCCUUGGCUCGUAUCUUUUCACGAAGGUCUUAAAUUCGUCCUACAGUAUAAUGUUUACAAUAAACUCUGUUCUCCUUGUCAUUGCUAUUAUCUAUUCCUUUUUAAAUCUCAAAUGGCGAACGUCCACUCAACAACGACAAAUGUUGGGCGUUAAUCCAUUCAUUGAUUUCUUCGAUAAAAAGCACGUAGCAGAAACAAUAAAAACGUUAAUAAGAAGAAGAAACAAUCAUGAAAGAGUUUAUCUUUGGAUUUUCCUAUUAGCAAUGGCUUUAUACACUUUUCAAAGAGACGAGAAACCUAUGAGCUAUCUUUAUACGCAACUCAAGUUUAAAUGGGGCGUCGCAGAAUUCAGUACAUUUAAAACAUUUCAAUCGGCACUCUUUGUAAUAGCAAUGCUCAUUGGUGUACCUAUAAUGAGUAAACUAUUAGGAUUAAGAGAUACUGUAAUUAUUGCAAUUGGUGCUCUAGCUCAUGCAAGUGGUAGAAUUAUUUUUGCUUUAACCACUAUACCAGAAUUAUUUUACGUUGGAGCGACUGUUGCAGCUUUGGGUCCUAGCGUUGCACCAGUAUUAAGAUCAAUGACUUCCAAACUUGUUCCUAUAGAAGAAAGAGGUAAAGUGUUCGCUAUGUUAUCUGUUUGUGACAAUGCAGUACCUCUCUUCAGUGGUAUUUUAUAUUCUCAACUUUAUAACCUAACAAUUAAUACAGCACCUAGUUCUAUAUAUUGGUUAACAUUUUCUACUCAAAUUAUGGUACUUUUACUGAUCUCUGUAAUACAUUUUUCAUCUAAAAAUGAAAAUGUACAGGAAGAAAAUGACGAAGAAAACAAUAUUGAAAGUGAAUUAGAACAUGAUUGAUCUUUGAAUUGCGAUAAUAUGAAUAAAAAUGAAUGAUAAAGUAAUAACAUUCAUACAAAAUAAUAAAAAUAGAUAUUUAUACAAUUAAUAAUUAAUUUUUGUACUCUUUGUACUAUGUUACAUAGAUUAUGUUCAUAUUUCAAAUUUUAUAUGUUACGUAAAUUUUAUUUAUAUUUUUAAAAAAGAAAUUUUUUAAAUGUUUCGUUCAUAUUUUAAUGAUGCUGUUUCAAAAUGUUUCAAAAUUGUACAUAGUAAAAGACAAAUAUCUAUAAACUAUACAAGAGAGAGAGAGAGAGAGAGAGAGAGAAAGAGAGAGAGAGAGAGAGAGAAAGAACAUUGUGUGAAGUUUUUAUAUAUUUUAUAGACUUUAUAUAUACUUAUAAAAUAAUGACAAUAAUGAAAAUAAUUAUAUAUAAAUAUUAUAUAUAAAAAUAGAUAAUUUAAUUAUAAAAAAAAAUCAAAGUUUAUGUAAAAAUACAUAAAUAAUCAUAAAAUUAAUCGCAUCAUUAAUCUGUAUAUACUGUUUAAUAACUGUUGCGAUUAAUUAAUAUUAGAAUACAGAUAGAAAAAUUAUUGUUGAGAAAUUUAAUAAAUGGAAAAUU